AUCAUAAAACCGAAAACAGACGAUAUAGAAUGAGAGGUGCUGGUUUAUUUCAUCCACACCUGUGAAAGCAGGACAACAAUGGAGGUGUUAGAGAACAUUUUUCUUUCUUUCUAACCAAACGCUCCCAAGAAAGAAAGAAAGAAAACAACAGGAAAGGAAAGCAAAAGAAAAAGAGAGGCUUCAUUUCAUCAAACACAUAAUGGGAGGGUUUGUAGGUGGAGGAUGCAAUUGAAGAAGCAAAAGAGGAACAAAAAUUCAUAUAUCAUCAAUUUUCCAUUUCAAAUGGAUUGGUAUACAAGAAGAGACAAGUUUGAAGAUGUAUUAAUAACAGGAGGUUUGAUAUUGAACCAAUUUGUGUAUGCUGGGAACUCCGUUUUGAUGACUUACUUGAUGUCUUUAGGCAUCAAACCCUUCACCAUUGUUAUCUUCUCUACCUUUGCUACCUUCCUCAUCCUCUCUCCUCUUGCCGUUUGUUUUGAAAGGAGCAAAUGGCCUGAUAAAUUGACUUCAAAGUUGGUGAUUCAGCUAGUUUUGAUAGCCUUUGGAGGGGUAACCUUGUUCCAAACUCUAUUUCUAGAGGGGAUGUAUCUAACUUCACCAUCAAUGGCAACAGCAAUGCCCAAUCUUGCUCCCGGACUCAUUUUUAUCAUUGCUUGGACAUUUAGGUUCGAGAAAGUUAAGCUAAGUUGCACAUAUAGCAAAGUCAAGAUUGCAGGGACAUUACUUUGUGUCGUAGGUGCCACCACCAUGAGCCUAAUACACAGCACUGCAUCCCCUGGUCAUCAGCAUCUGGAUCCUGUCUUCGACAGAAAAAAAAUCAUCGGUUGCUUGUAUCUCAUGGCUGCUGUUUUCGUCCUAUCGAGCAACGUUGUCUUGCAGGCUGCGACUUUAGGUGAUUUUCCUGCACCGGUGUCAAUAUCUGCCGUAACAUCCUUCAUUGGUGUGCUGAUAACUGCGAUUGUUCAAAUGUUUCAAGACCGUUCAAUGGAACUUUGUUGGCCUCUUAUGAGUAUUGGACCCCUCAUAGGCUAUUCUCUGCUGGGAGGAACAGUAAGUGGAGCAUCGGUAAGUUUUACUGGAUGGGCAAUGAGAAAAAGGGGUCCAGUGCUGGUGUCCAUGUUUAGCCCCGUUGCAACAGUGAUCUCGGUCAUUCUCUCUGCUAUUACAUUAGGAGAAACCAUUAAGAUCGGAAGCCUAGCCGGUAUGUUCUUAAUGUUUACGGGUCUCUACUUUGUGCUAUGGGCUAAAGGAAAGGAGGGACAUGCCUAUGGUGAUGGCUUGGAAAAGCCAUCAUAAGGCUUGGAAGCAGAUCAAUGGAGUUGGUAGCUGUAAAUGUUACGAAAAUUCUUCGGCAAAAAUAUAGAUUCUGAUCAGUCUAAUACCAAGAUUAUAAACCAUCCAUCCAUAGAGAUUAGAGAGCAGCCUUUUGGAUAUGGAUGAGGCAAGCAACACUUAACUCUUUUUUUUUUUCCUGAAGAAGUAGUUCCAGCAAGAAAUGCUAAUCAUCCUCCAUUAACGAAAAGCAAAAUUCGAGGAUUUGCCAGCAUUAAGCUUAGUGAUUAAAACUGCUGAAUGCUGCAGCACAGUGUAAAUCAUUUAAAAGCAUUCUUUGAUUUAUUUUGUAUCAAGUAAGCUUCUGCUAUCAUUUGUGUUUUUAA